AUGGGGCGCGCGGGCUGGCUGCUCUGGGCGCUGGCGGCCUGGGGGGCCGCGCUGGCGGGCCGGGGGGCCGCGCCGGGGCUCCGCCGCAGCGCCACCUCCUGCCACCGGGCAGUGCCCGGCGCGGGGCCCGGCGCCCCCCCGCGCUCGCUGAGCUUCCUGAGCCGGCGCCCCCCCGGCCCGGCGCUCUUCCACGCCCGCUGGGAUGCGCGCGGGCACCUGCUGGGGUGCGCCUUCUGGGAGGAGGCCGCCGCCGUCCGCGCCUACCGGGCCGCCUGCGCGCGGGACAGGGCGGGCGCCUUCGCCCGCGCCCCGAGCCCUGCGCUGCGCCGAGCCCUGGCAGCCCUCCGGGAGCGGCGGGGCGCCUGCGUCCGCCCCGAGGGGGGCCCCCCGGGCCGAGGCGGGGGGGCGCCCCGACGGCGCGCCAAGAGGGGCUGGACCAUGCCCGGGACGCUGUGGUGCGGCGUCGGGGACUCUGCCCGGAACGCCACCGACCUGGGCAUCUUCCAGGGGCCCGACCUGUGCUGCCGCGAGCACGACCGGUGCCCCCAGAACAUCGCCCCCUUCCAGUACAACUACGGGAUCCGGAACUACCGCUUCCACACCAUCUCCCACUGCGACUGCGAUGCCAGGUUCCACAGCUGUCUCCAGAAGCAACAGGAUGCGAUUUCGGACUUUGUGGGCACCACCUUCUUCAACCUGCUGGAAAUUCCCUGCUUUGUGCUGGAGGAGAAGGAGGCGUGCAUCCAGUGGUACUGGUGGGGCGGGUGUAAGAAAUACGGCCUGAUUUCCCAGGCCCGACUUCUGCAACAGAGUCUCUAUAAUGUGACUCAGGCCCUGCCUAGCCCCGGAGUGAAGGCUUCUGGGAGGAAGCAGCAGAGACAGAGGCAUGGAAUGCUGGGUGUUGGAGACAAGGAGCACAGGUCCCGUUUCCAUCCUUCCCCGCCUCCGCCCAGCAGUCCGCAGAAAGUUAAUAGCAGUGCCCAACCACCAUCUCCAACCGUCCCCGGCCUGGUUGCCAGCAUGCUGACCACGCCAGAACAGCAAGCAAGAAUAUCUGGGGACUACCACACUGAGGGGAAACCUUGGAACGGAGGCCACAGGCCUGGAGGGAACCAAGCAGCCAGAGGUGCAGCAGAGGGAGCUGCUCAGGGACCCCUAGAGACCCCAGCCCCUGAUGGCGCAGGUCCAAAGGGCUCUCUCCACCCUGUCGACAAGAAGGGCAUCUACCAAGGUCCCCUGGAGGCCAAGGGGGGAAAGUCCCAGCAGGUGGAGGACAAACUGUGGCGGGCGCUGGCUUGGACUUGCUUUGAGCUGGGACCCCCCGAGGCCUGCGAGCCCAGUCCUGGCUGCAGGGAGGAGCCCCGGGCCGUGCUGGUCCCCGCCCGGCACCUGCAGCGUUUGAGGAGGAAGCCGCGGGGUCCCCUCCGUGGAGCCCGAGGGAAGGUUGUGGAGAAGCAGCUGAAGAAGAGAGAGCGGGAGAGGCGGCGGCGGGGGUCUCGGGGGGCCCUGGCGCUCUACGACCGCUGCCGAGAGAUGGUCUCCGCCUGGCGCUGGGCGCCCCGGUGAUGGAGGAGGCGGCGGCCGGGCCGGGCCGGGUGUGCGGGUCCCGCUCCUGAGUCCCACCGGCACCGGACGCCCCGGGCCCUCGGGGCCAGCCCGGGCCUCGGCCUGCCGGCAGCGUCUGCCUCCCGCUCGCCGCCCCGGAACCCAGGGCCCCGCUCCCCUGCAGGCCAGCCCGUGACUGCCGGGGCAGAAGGCCGCGGUCACUGCCGCGCUGGGGGGGUGGGAGCGAGCCCUGGGCGGCGGCGGAGGCCCGAGCUCAGUCCCGGCCCCUCAGACUCCGCGCCCCGUCGGGGCGAGUCCCCCCGCUGGGAGCAGCGGGAGGGAGGGAGCCGACAGUCUGGGUCCCAGGCCCUGCCCGAUACCGGCCUGUUUCUCCAUCUCCAAAAUGUGGGGGCUGGGCCAGGGGGGCCCGGGCUCCUCCUCUCUUGUGAGAACCCCAUAAUCUGAGCCCAGGCAGGCGGCAGCCCCCCCUCCAAAAGUCGCCUCAACGUCCAUGCUCGGCCUCGAUGCCCGGCCCAUCCUGCGGCCUGGCUCCUUCCGCUUAGCCCGGGGGCCUUGCUCUGCCCUCGGGACCAGCUUAUUUACAGCCCGGGGAAGGGGGCAGAUAACCGCGGCCGUCCUGUUGGAUGUUGGACGAUGUUGGAAUAUCGCACAGUGGAGAGCUGGCCACGGCCCGGGCGGGCACCGCCGUCCCACCCAGGAUGCAACGAGAAAGGUCACUUGUCACCCAGCUCUGAGCCCCCGGGGUGAGCGGCUUCCGGCCUCCCUGUGCCCACAGCCGCGGCAGCAUCGCCCUGUCCCCGCAUCCUUGGUCCAGGAGGCGCUGCCCUGAGUCCAACUGAGGCUGUGGCUACCGGGGACAGGAGGGCAUCUCCUUCCCCAGGGCGAAGCCGCGGAGGACAUCUGGGGCCUGUCUCCGGGCCAAAAGCAAGGCCAGAGGGAGGACCCGGGGCUGCUGGUUUCUACAGGCAGACAUGGGAGCUGGUCUUGGCUCGGAGCUGGACCCCCCUCCCCCCCAUGUAGAUGCGUUCAUAGAUAGGGGACAUUGAUCCGUCCCAGCUGUGGGACCUUAGGUUCCCAUUCUGAGCCUCAGUUACCUCAUCUAAAAAUGGAGCUAGACCUGAUCAAAUAGAAGUUCUUCCUAGCCCAGACUUCCCCUGUUCUAAGCUCCUCCCAGCUCUGAUAUUCCUUGUUCCAAGUUUUCUUCUGACUCUUGACAUUCCCUGAUAUUCUCUGUUCUAAGACAUCCCCUGUUCUAAGGCUCCUCCCAGUUCUGACAUCCAUGGUGCUCCCCAUUUCUCUCCCUUUCCUCCCUCCUCCCCAAGGCAGCCAGCAAUCUGAUGCAGGUUAGACAUGGGCCAGUCUUCUAAGCGUGUUUCCUAUUUGUCGCGCUGCACAAGAAAAAUCAGAUCGAAACGGGAAAAUGAGAAAGGAAAAACCCCGAGCAGACAAGUGACAGCAAAAACCAACCAAACAAGCAAAAAUCCUGAGACGUGACAGCAAAAAACCCAAGACAAGUGACAGCAAACCCCCCCGAGACAAGUGACAGUAAAAAGGGGAAAAUCCGACGCUUGGAUCUCACUCAUUCCCAGUCUCUCCCUGGGUGCAGGUGGAUCUCCACCCCAAGUCUAAUGGAACUGCCUUGAAUCCCCUCAUUGUUGAAAAGAGCCACGUCCAUCACAGUUGAUCAUCACAUAAUCUUGUCACUAUGUACAGUGACCUCCUGGUCCUGCUCCUUUCCCUCGGCAUCAGUUCCUGUCAGUCCCUUCAGGCCUCUUUGCAAUCCUCCUGCUGAUCCUUUCUUACCGACCAAUAAUAUUCCAUAAUGUUCAUAUAUCACAAUUUCUUCAGCCACUCCCCACUGAUGGGCGUCCCCUCAGUUCCCAGUUUCUGGCCACUACAAAAAGCUGCCACAAACAUUUUCGCACAUGGGGGUCCCCCUCCCUCCUUUAAGUUCUCUCUGGGAUGUAAGCCCAGGAGAGACCCUGCUGGAUCUAAGGGGAUGCACAGUGCGCCUUUGGGUGUGGCUCCAAAUUGGUCUCCAGAACUGACAUCCCCUUUCUAAGACUCCUUCCUAACUCUGAUAUUCCUUGUUCUAAAGCCCCUCCCAGCCCUGACACUCCCCCUGUUCUGUACCUCCAGCUGUGUCUGUUCUGUGACCCUUCUGUACUUGGGAAGGCUUCCCCCUCUCCCUCCCCCUGCUGUCCAUGACCAAUAGUGCAUCCUCCUCCCUCUUGCUCCACAGAAGGCUCUGAGAAGGGGGGAAGGGCAGCCCCCAGCCUCAGUGGUUGUGGACAGACCUUCCCUCGUCCCCAGCCACAGUCCCCGAAGAAGAGUGGGGGCUCCCAGAGGAGCAGAGUGGGGGCUUCCAGAGCUGCCAGGGAAGAGAAUCCAAGACAUAGCUCCCCUUCUGUUCUUGCCUUUGGGCCCUGGGCCCCCUGCUUCCUGAAGAGUGGUACAAUGGACAGCGCCCAUGGCCCAGUCCUGGAUGGCUGACUUGGGAGCAGCCUUUCUUUCUCUGACCUUCAGUUCUCUUCUCUGUGGAGGGAGGGGGUGGGCCUUGGUCUCCAGCCCCUCCCAGCCCUGAGCACUGUUCACCCAGCCUCGUUCGGAGGUCUCUGGUGACGGGGAGCUCACCACCCCCACACCCGCCCAUUCCAUUGUGAGCUGGCUCUAAUUGCCGGGAAGUCUUGGGUCUUUGGGGCUGCCUUGUAAUUUCUGGCAGCUCUAACCUCGGGACAAGCAGAAGGGGGCCCAGCCUCCCUCCCGUGACAGCCUCCAGAGGAAGGAGUAAUUGUCUUUGAGAAACCUUGGACUUCCUUGGAGAAUUAGUCACCAUUCCGUGCCCCUGUGGGGAAGCUUCUGCCAGGCUCCCGUGUUGCCGGGCUUGGUCCCAGCCUCCCCUGCUCGGGCUAAGGGGGUGAUCUGUGCCCAGACUCUCCCCACAGAAGGGAAGGUGCGGUUUAGCAGGAAUGCCCAGGUUCGGUCUUGGUAUCCUCCCCUGCCUGGAACCCCAUCCUCCCCCAUCUUUCCUAACUUCUCGAUGACACUUCCAGACUGCGGCCCCAAAACAUAGGUCAUGAGGAGUUUGCCCGGGUCCGAGUUUCUCGGGGCAUCUUGCGGGACUGCCGGACAGACCCACGUUCCCAGGGGCCUGCUUUGGUACCAGGUCAAGUGCCAGGAUGACCCCUCUCUGGGACCGGGUUCCAUGAAUUUAUUCAGAUUGAUUUCAUUCCCAUGUCACAAGGCAACAGGCAAGCGCCUUUGUUGUUGUUUCAUCCAGUGGGGAAGCCCCGAUUUCUCAAUCACUAGUCACUGCCCCAUUGCUUCUUUCACCUCCCACCUCUGGGCCUUUGCCCUGGCUGUGCCUCCCGCCUCACUCUCUGCCCAAGAACCACCUUCAGCACGAGCCCUUUGCUGCUCCUUCAAGAGGCUUCCACCAAAUCACCCAAAUUCAUCUUGUCUUAGAUGCGAACGUGUUGUUCCUCCCUUCAAACGGGAGCUUGGAGAGUUUCAUGUUUUACUUCAGCUCCAGUGUCUGGCACACGGCAGGUGCUGAUCAGUGCUUGCUGAUCGACCCCCUAGUUAUCACCCUUCCCCCUCACACUCCUCUGCAUUUACUCCUCUGUGCCCAUGGAGGUGUUGUCCCAGGGAAUGGGACAAUAUGUACCCCUGGAGCAACCGUUCUUCAUUUUUAUGGUGAAUUAAUGCCCUUUAUUUCAACCUGGCCUCUGACCCAGACUACCGGGGCCAUCCCACAAGUUACCCAACAUCUCAGCCCCAGACGAGAGCCAGGGCUUCCCAGUGGGCAUCUAGCCCCAGCACAGGCACCUCACGGGGAUACAGGAAGAACAGAUUAUUAGAAGCGUCCAAACCCUGGGGGAAAUCAUCUGAGAAGGACCCUGAAGUCCUUGGAAGCCCUCUGCAGUUAAUUGAACCCUAAGGCCCAGCACAACAAUGUUCUUUCCAUGGGUCUGGAGUCAGGAACGACCGAAGUUUGAGUCCAAUCUCUCUCUCACUAGCCGUGUGAUUCUGGGUAAGUCAUUUCUUAACCUGCCUGCCUUAGUUUCCUCAUCUGUAAAAUGGGGCUAAUCUCUACC